CCUGUGAGUGAUUAUGUUUGAGUUUUUGGUUUGAACUGGAUUUCUCCUUUGGCAUUUAAAGUCGUUGUGGAUCAAAUUGACAACGUCGCUUUCCACCGCGCCAUUUUGCCACGGACCACACGUUUCUAGCUCUCGCUCGUGUCGUGUCCCGUCGUCUUGAAAUCAGCUCCGCAGCAGUCCCAGCGCGCCACAAACAUGUCCAACGAGGAGACUUCUGCUGAUCGCAAUGUCGAAAUCUGGAAGAUCAAGAAACUCAUCAAGAGCUUGGAGCUCGCCAGAGGCAAUGGCACCAGCAUGAUUUCGCUCAUUAUUCCGCCCAAAGAUCAGAUCUCCCGAGUGAGUAAAAUGCUCGCGGAUGAGUUUGGCACUGCAUCCAAUAUUAAAUCAAGAGUGAAUCGACUCUCAGUCUUGGGAGCCAUUACAUCUGUACAGCAUAGACUUAAACUCUACACGAAAGUUCCACCAAAUGGUUUGGUAAUCUACUGUGGUACUAUUGUGACUGAUGAGGGUAAAGAAAAGAAGGUGAACAUUGAUUUCGAGCCUUUCAAGCCAAUCAACACGUCGUUGUACCUCUGCGACAAUAAAUUCCACACCGAAGCAUUGACAGCGCUGCUGGCGGACGAUAAUAAAUUCGGUUUCAUUGUCAUGGACGGUAAUGGCGCGUUGUUUGGUACGCUGCAGGGUAACACGCGGGAGGUGCUGCAUAAAUUCACCGUAGAUUUACCGAAGAAGCACGGUCGUGGUGGUCAAUCCGCGUUGCGUUUCGCGCGUCUGCGCAUGGAGAAACGUCAUAAUUACGUGCGUAAAGUCGCCGAAGUUGCUACUCAAUUGUUUAUCAGUAGUGAUAAGCCGAACAUCGCCGGGUUGAUUCUUGCUGGUAGUGCUGACUUCAAGACUGAGCUUAGUCAAUCAGAUAUGUUUGAUCCUAGAUUACAAUCGAAAAUAAUCAAACUGGUGGACGUAUCUUAUGGUGGCGAGAAUGGUUUUAAUCAAGCGAUUGAACUCGCAGCCGAAUCGCUGCAGAAUGUUAAGUUUAUCCAAGAAAAGAAGCUGAUCGGGCGGUACUUUGACGAGAUCAGUCAAGAUACAGGCAAGUAUUGUUUCGGCGUUGAGGAUACGCUCAAAGGUUUGGAGCUGGGCUCGGUGGAGACGCUCAUCUGCUGGGAGAAUCUGGAUAUUCAGCGGUACGUGCUCAAGAAUCACACCUCCGGCACCGAAACAGUGCUGCAUUUGACGCCGGAGCAAGAGAAAGACAAGUCGCAUUUCACCGACAAAGAAAGUGGAGUAGAAUUGGAACUGGUAGAAUGUCAACCAUUGCUAGAAUGGCUGGCGAACAACUACAAGAACUUUGGUGCAACGCUAGAGAUCAUCACCGACAAGUCCCAGGAGGGAUCACAGUUUGUGCGAGGCUUUGGUGGCAUUGGAGGCAUCUUGCGGUACAAGGUAGACUUUCAGUCGCUGCAGGCGGAUGAACCGCUGGACGACGUCGACCUUGACGAUUACUAAUUACAAACUCUCAGGUUUGCUGCGAUACAAGGUGGACUUCCAGAGUAUGCAGCUAGAUGAAUUAGAAAACGGUGAUGACUUUGACUUAGACGACUAUUAAGAAAUGAAAAAUACAAUAAACCAAACCCAAAACACACACAAAUGAAAUCAACCAUCCCAACUGCUAUUAUAUUAUCUCAACUCAACUAUGGAACCCGAUUACCACGCCCAACACAUUUCGAAAUGCUACCGACCACAGCCGCCGCCAUCUUGUGAACUUUGUGCGAGAGUGCAAGAAACAAUUGCAACCGUGGUGCGCGCGCGCGUGCCCACCGGCUCAUUUUGUACUAUAUUACUAUAUAUUAUUAUAACAAUUGUGUCGAAUUGUACUUUUUAAGUGUUGUUUGUUGCGCCAAUCAAUGAUAGACAUCAUUCACACAAAAAUUGCAAGUCAUUCAUUUGGUUAAAGAUAUUUUUUGACAGCAUGCGCAUGCGCACUCAACUGAAACACAGUAUUCUACAAAUUUAAUUUUGUCGCAUUGAUUGGGGCAACAACUCGAACAGUUCAAUCCUGAUUUGUAAUAUUUGUUAAUUAUUUAAACAAACACACGCUGACACACAUACUACACUAAGAUUGUAAGUGUAAAUGCUGUAAAUGUGAGACCUGUAGAGUGUUGUUUGGUAUAGCGAACCUUUUUAACGUUUUUAUAUACAUAGAAAUGAUUGUGCGCGCGGAGAUGCAAUAUUGUAGGGGUAAAUGGUGAAGAGAUCUGUGUACGCGAGUUUUUUUUUUGUAAAUGUGAGGUGAUGACAAAAAUUUUGAUUCAGUUUUUACAUUAAUUCAGUUUUUUCGAUUUGUUACUUGAAAUUCACAUUUUAUUUUUUUUUGUAUAGUUUUAUUGAUGCGUGGCGCAUGGAUAUUACCUCAGAAAUGAAUUUUGUUUGUACAUAAAUUACAGCGUUACGAUUUCCGAAAGUAUUUUUAAAUGUUGUACAUGUACCAGUCGAGUGAGGUUAGGCUAACCUCUGAAAAUCACACACACUGAAACGGUUUUGCUAAUGAUGCGGGGGUUUAUAGGUUAUAUUAGUGCAUAUGCGAGUGUGGUGAGCAAAUAUACAUGGAAAUUCUUUUUCA